UGGCCAGCGGCAGAAAUUGAUCUCUCAACCAUGGAGGUGAGAGGUGACGGUGCUGCUAUUGAAUCAACAAUGGAAGUUAGACUAACCAGUAAGUAGGCUACCGAGAAAUGACUUUCUACACUCACUUUUUAUGAAGCUAUAUCCGGCCUUCGUAAAUUUAUAGAGGAGAAUGCAGAUAUUUAAGUGAAACGAUUCCACCUAAGUCAAAUGUUUGAUUAUGUGAACCUCCGUACAGUUCUCCAAGAGUGUUUUUACAUUAACUAUUCCGUAUUAUAAUAACUGAGUAAUCUGUAUCUGAAUCGUAAAUCAGGGAAAACACCCUCUUUACUGCACAUAAAAAGACAGUUUAGAGAAAUUAGUUAAUCGGAACUACUUGCUCUUCAAACGUGAGAGUAAAUUAACUUGGAUUCUGAACGUAGUACAUACAUUUUAUUAGACUUGGGAAUCCUCCCCAGACAUCACGGAGUUUUCCUCUCUGAUUAUUUUUCUAACUGCUUUCAUGGUAAAGUGAGAUUGUCUAUCUGCAGCAGUUACUGCGCAUCUCUGUUAGGUAUUCUUACUGGAAGACGGCUAUAGACAAUUUUUAGUAUUUCGGCUGUUAUAAAACUCCUUCAAAGUGGAUGGACUGGAGCCCUUUGCUGCUUCUUACGGGCGUGUCAUCACAGCCAAAAAGCGCGGAUCCGGAAGAAAGGAUCCCGCUGUUCAGCUGCGCCAGUGGCCGGUCUACGCAGCAAUACGCACUGGGCGUGUUUCCGCUGGGGUCCCGUAACUGGACCGCGAUCGGAGGCUGUCAGCCAGAAGUCGGUGCGGGAAGGUGUGCAGAUGUUCACAAUCCCACUGCCAGCCACACGUCCGUCCUUCCCUGUUUCGCUCCUACUGCGCUCGGCUCCUAUGCCACGUUUUAAAGUCGCACGACUUUUGCGCUGCAUGCCAUUUUAAGCAGGAGCCUAGUGUUUUUGGUACAUCCGCUAUCUGAGAAGAGUUUCGGCUGAGGUUGCUGGAGGAAAAAAGCCACUGCGAUGCCUGGCGAGGAAGCAGGGCCGGCCGAGCGUAAAGGCUCCGAGUCCACGGACGCGGUCCAGCCCGAGAAGAGCGACACGAAAGUCGCAGGAGCGCAGCUCCCCGUUUCCAGCCGGUUCAACUUUAAGUCGGUCCUUUGGACCUUCGGGAGGUGUCUGUCCGCCCUGUUGCCCGUGUACCUGGCUGGGUAUUACAGGAUAAGCACUGGCCUGCUAGUCUUCGGGCUGACGUUCUACACAGGCUGGAAACAUGCUCGGGAUGCGAAGGAGGCUCGCCUGCGCUCCGCCAUGCAGUCGCUGGAAGACGGAGAGGGAUCCCAGGACGGAAGAGCCCUGCGCGGUUCGCAGCGUUUCCCAGGAUCGAUUCACAUUCCAGAUUUGGAGAAAGUCGAGUGGCUGAACAAGGUCCUGCAGCAAGCCUGGCCGUUUGUGGGCCAGUACCUGGAGAAGCUGCUGGUGGAGAGCAUCGCACCCUCCAUCCGCUCCAGCAGCACUCACCUGCAGACUCUCAGCUUCACCAAGAUUGACAUGGGAUGCAAGCCUAUGAAGGUGGUCGGUGUGAAGGUCCACACAGAGAAUGACAAGGGGCAAAUCCUGCUGGAUCUCUAUAUCAAUUAUGUAGGAGAUGUUGAGAUUGAUGUGGAAGUCAAGAGGUAUUUCUGCAAAGCCGGAGUGAAGGGGAUACAGCUUAAGGGCAUGAUGAGGGUGAUCCUGGAGCCCCUGAUUGGCGACGUCCCCAUAGCUGCUGCGGUGACCAUGUUCUUCAUCCAAAGGCCCAAACUGGACAUCAACUGGACUGGCCUGACGAACCUACUGGACGUUCCAGGGCUGAAUGUCAUGUCGGAUAAGAUGAUAAUGGAUGCCAUCGCCUCGUUCCUGGUGCUGCCCAACCGUCUGACAGUGCCCCUGGUGGCCGGCCUGCCCGUCGCUCAGCUGCGAUCUCCCCUUCCAAGGGGUGUGGUGCGCAUCCACCUCGUGGAAGCUCAGGAUCUUGCUGCCAAGGACAGCUACGUGAAGGGCGUGACAGCGGGCAUCUCAGACCCCUACGCCGUGCUCCGCGUGGGACCACAGAGCUUCACCUCGCAUCAUGUGGACAACAACCUCAAUCCUCAGUGGGGGGAGAUGUAUGAGGUGAUUGUCCAUGAGGUGCCUGGUCAGGAGCUGGAGGUGGAGGUGUAUGACAAAGACCCAGACCAGGAUGAUUUCCUGGGGAGGGUGACGAUAGACCUCGGCAUGGUGAAGCAGGCUCACGUUCUGGACGAGUGGUUCCCACUGAAGGACAUUGAUACAGGGCGUCUCCAUCUGAAAAUGGAAUGGCUCUCACUGCUGCCCUCUAGUGACAAGCUAGAGCAGGUGAUUGAGAGGAAUAAGACAGUAGCUGUGAAAGCAAGCAGCCGGCCCUCCGCCGCCAUCCUGGCCGUGUACUUGGACCGCGCUGAGGAACUUCCUAUGAAGAAGGGCAACAAAGAGCCCAGCCCGUUGGUGCAGCUGUCUGUGCAGGGCGUCGCUCGGGAGAGCAGGAUGUGCGCUGAGACCACGAACCCCGUGUGGGAGGACGCCUUCACCUUCUUCCUUCACGUCCCCAAUCAGCAGAACAUCGUCAUCCAGGUGAAGGACAGUGACCGGGUCCAGUUGCUCGGCAGCCUGUCCAUCCCGUUGUCUCGCCUGCUGGCCAACCAUGACCUUUCUGUGGAUGACUGGUUUCCACUGGCUGAUGCCAAGGCUACCAGUCGCAUCUCUCUUCGGGCCGUCCUAAGGGUGCUCUGGCUGGAUGAGGAAGCCGCCCUCCACGCGCCGAAGGUCUGGGUCUCCGGUCCUGCGUCUGAGGGCACGGAGAGACCCCAGCACACAUCCCCUAGUGACGGCUUUGCUACCGAGGGGGUGCUGCGGAUUCAGCUGGUGGAGGCGCGGAAUCUGAUCGCCAAGGAUAAUCUCAUGGGCGGCAUGGUGAAGGGGAAGAGCGAUCCCUAUGUGAAGACGCGCGUCGGGGGGAAGACCUUCCGGAGUCAUGUGGUCAACAAGAAUCUGAACCCCACCUGGAACGAGCUGUAUGAGGUGAUUCUGACCCGAGUGCCUGGGCAGGAGGUCCAGUUUGACUUGUACGAUGAUGAUGUUGGCACGGAUGAAUUCCUGGGGAGGUUUAAGGUCGGCUUGAGUGACAUUAUCCGCUCACAGCAUGUUGACCAGUGGUACACACUGAAUGAUGUGAAAUCCGGCAGCGUCCACCUGGUCCUGGACUGGAUGCCUACUGUUGUGGAUCCUGCUCGGCUGGAUGAGGCCCUGAAGCUCCAAGCCCAGAAGUCGUACCAUAACAAGACCGUACCCUCUGCCGCCCUGCUCGUCGUGUUCGUGGAGCGCGCCCACGCCCUGCCUUUAAAGAAGAGUGGAAAGGAGCCCAUGGUGGGGGCGGAGCUUAUCCUGGGAGGCGUGUCCUACAAGACCAAGGUGUGUGAUCGCUCCUGCUCUCCUAAGUGGAACGAGUCAUUCUCCUUUCUUGUACGUGACCCCCCAGAGGAUAUCCUCACAGUGAAGCUGUCCCAUAACUGGGGCCUGGCUCUGGGUUCUCUCUUUCUGCGAGUCAAAGACCUGCUGUCGGUACCGGGCCUGGCGCUGGACAGCUGGCUCAGUGUUGAUGGGGCCUCAGCUGACAGUGAGAUUCUACUGAGGGCUGAACUGAAGCUCCUGUGUUCCGGUGCCGUAGACGGCAGUGGGGGGCAAGCAGAUGCACCCAGCAUGCCGGAUACCCCCAGCUCGAAGACUAAGAGUGAUGUCAUCGACCCAAACAAGGGGACAUUCCCCACAGCCAAAGAGGGGCUUCAGCAGAAAGCAGGGGAUUCUGGAAAUAAAGUGAGUGACUCUGUUAGUGCCGGGUCACUGCCCCCACUCUCCCCGACUGGACCAGGGCAUAAAGAAGAAUCACCUGAGGACAGUGUGGGCAAACGACCCUGCCAGACUACCCCCAACUCCAGCUUUGCUACUGAGGGGGUGCUACGCAUUCACCUGGUAGAGGCCCAGAAUCUGAUCGCAAAGGAUAACCACAUGGGGGGCAUGGUGAAGGGGAAGAGUGACCCUUAUGUCAAGAUACAUAUCGGGGCUGUGAAGUUCUGCAGUCAAGUGAUCAAGGAGAACCUGAAUCCCAUCUGGAAUGAGCUGUACGAGGUGGUCCUGAACCAGCAGGCAGAGCAGGAGGUCCAGUUUGAAGUGUAUGAUAAAGAUGUGGGCACAGACGACUUCCUGGGGAGGUUCAAUGUCAGCCUGAGUGACAUCAUCAGCUCCCAGUACAUGGAUGAGUGGUACACUCUGAGUGAGGUGAAGUCAGGCCAUGUCCACCUGGUUCUGGAGUGGGUUCCUAAGGUUCAAGACCGGACCAGACUGGAUCAGGUCCUGCAGCUCCGGACCCAGAAGUUGUACCAGAACAAGGCUGUGCCAACUGCUGCUCUGCUCUUUGUGUACGUGGAGCGCGCCCACGCCCUGCCCAUAAAGAAGAGCGGCAAGGAGCCGAAGGUGGGGGCCGAGAUCAUCUUCAGAGAAACUACCCACAAGACCAAGGUGUGCGAUCGUUCUACUUCGCCCCAGUGGGAUGAGGCGGUUCACUUUCUGGUUCCGGACCCCAAGGAGGACAUCCUGAAAGUGAAGCUGUACCACACUGGGGAUCAGCCCACUGGCUCGCUGGUUCUGCCUGUCAGAGAGCUGCUUUCAGAACCGGGGCUGGUGCUGGACCGCUGGCUGAGUCUGGAUGGAGUUCCCGCUGAGAGUCAGAUACUGCUGAGGGCGGAGCUCAAGAUCUUGGAUUCAAAGAUACUCAAAGUAGGCCCAAGUCACGCUGGUGUUCCUCCUAGCUCCCCUUCAGCCAUGGAGGUGCAGCAAACUGUAGUCCCGCCCAAAGACACCAUCACCCCACCCAGUCAGGAGGUGAUACAUAAAGCUGCCCUUACCAAAGGGGAUGAGGGGCCACACCCUGCUAGGGCACCAGUGUCUCCUACACCUGAGAAGGUCAAGGAAGGAGCAGCAGCCAAGGUAGAACCUCAGGAAGUCUCCAUCGUUCCCAGCCCAGUGUCCACUAAGCCCAGUCGGACAUCUCCUGACCCCAGCUUUGCUACAGAGGGGGUGCUACGCAUUCACCUGGUAGAGGCCCAGAAUCUGAUCGCAAAGGAUAACCACAUGGGGGGCAUGGUGAAGGGGAAGAGUGACCCUUAUGUCAAGAUACAUAUCGGGGCUGUGAAGUUCUGCAGUCAAGUGAUCAAGGAGAACCUGAAUCCCAUCUGGAAUGAGCUGUACGAGGUGGUCUUGAACCAGCAGGCAGAGCAGGAGGUCCAGUUUGAAGUGUAUGAUAAAGAUGUGGGCACAGACGACUUCCUGGGGAGGUUCAAUGUCAGCCUGAGUGACAUCAUCAGCUCCCAGUACAUGGAUGAGUGGUACACUCUGAGUGAGGUGAAGUCAGGCCAUGUCCACCUGGUUCUGGAGUGGGUUCCUAAGGUUCAAGACCGGACCAGACUGGAUCAGGUCCUGCAGCUCCGGACCCAGAAGUCGUACCAGAACAAGGCUGUGCCAACGGCUGCUCUGCUCUUUGUGUACGUGGAGCGCGCCCACGCCCUGCCCAUAAAGAAGAGCGGCAAGGAGCCGAAGGUGGGGGCCGAGAUCAUCUUCAGAGAAACUACCCACAAGACCAAGGUGUGCGAUCGUUCUACUUCGCCCCAGUGGGAUGAGGCGGUUCACUUUCUGGUUCCGGACCCCAAGGAGGACAUCCUGAAAGUGAAGCUGUACCACACUGGGGAUCAGCCCACUGGCUCGCUGGUUCUGCCUGUCAGAGAGCUGCUUUCAGAACCAGGGCUGGUGCUGGACCGCUGGCUGAGUCUGGAUGGAGUUCCCGCUGAGAGUCAGAUACUGCUGAGGGCGGAGCUCAAGAUCUUAGAUUCAAAGAUACUCAAGGUUGCUCCAGUUCAAGCUGGUGCUCCUGCAUCACCUGAGGAGGUGCAGCGAAGUCUAACUCCACCCAAAGACACAGUCAGCUUAUCCAAUCAGGGACUAAUACAUGAAGCUGAGGCUGCCAAGGGGCCACAUCCUGGUAGUUCACCAGUGUCUCCCAAACCUGAGAAGAUCAAGGAGGAGAAGCAUCUUGAGACUGCAGUGGGAGGUGCGGAUCAGACUGGCACAGUCAGUGUUCCUGCCAGCACCCCAUCUGCCAAGGAGGUGGAGAAAACUGUAGUCCCGCCCAAAGACACCAUCACCCCACCCAGUCAGGAGGUGAUACAUAAAGCUGCCCUUACCAAAGGGGAUGAGGGGCCACACCCUGCUAGGGCACCAGUGUCUCCUACACCUGAGAAGGUCAAGGAAGGUGCAGCAGCCAAGGUAGAACCUCAGGAAGUCUCCAUCGUUCCCAGCCCAGUGUCCACUAAGCCCAGUCGGACAUCUCCUGACCCCAGCUUUGCUACAGAGGGGCUGCUACGUAUUCACCUGGUGGAGGCUCAGCAUUUGAUAGCCAUGGAUGGCUUCAUGGCUGGGGGGAAGAGUGACCCUUAUGUCAAGAUCUGUGUUGGGAAUAUCAAGUUCCGUAGUCAUGUGAUCAAGGAGAACCUCAACCCAACCUGGAAUGAGUUGUAUGAGGUGGUCCUGACCAAAGCACCAGGACAGGAGAUCCAGUUUGAGCUGUUUGACAAGGACCUGGAUUCUGAUGACUUCCUGGGGAGGUUAAAGGUCAGCCUGAGUGACAUCAUCAGCUCCCGGUACAGUGAUAAGUGGUACACGCUGACUGACGUGAAGUCGGGCCGUAUCCACCUGGUUCUGGAGUGGGUUUCCACUGUGUCAGACCCUGUCAGACUGGAUCAGGUGCUGAGGUUCCAGGCCCAGCAGUCGUACCAGAACAAGGCUGUGCCCUCAGCUGCUCUGCUCUUUGUGUACGUGGACCGUGCCCACGGCCUCCCGCUGAAGAAGAGUGGGAAGGAGCCUAAGGUGGGGGCAGAGCUCGACCUCGGAGCGACGUCCUACAAAACGAAGGUGUGCGAUCGGUCCACUGCACCACACUGGGGUGAAGGAUAUCACUUCCUGCUCCAUGAUCCGAAAAAGGACACCCUCAUCCUGAAGCUGUACCACACUGGGGAUCAGCCCACUGGCUCGCUGGUUCUGCCUGUCAGAGAGCUGCUUUCAGAACCAGGGCUGGUGCUGGACCGCUGGCUGAGUCUGGAUGGAGUUCCCGCUGAGAGUCAGAUACUGCUGAGGGCGGAGCUCAAGAUUCUGGAACCAAUGAAAGUGCAGGCUGGGGAUAGAGGCCUGCCCACGGUCUCCGCCAGCACGCCGUCCGAUGCCCCUGGGCACAGUGGGCAGGUCAAGCUGUCCCUCUCUUACCCCAAGGAUGACAAAAAGUUGCUCAUCACAGUUCAUGCUUGCAGGCAUCUGACAGGCUCCUCAGACCCCUACGUGUCCUUCAUCCUGCUGCCAGACAAGAACAAGGUCACCAAAAGGAAAACCGGCAUCAAGAAGAAAGAUGCCAACCCUGAGUUCAAUGAGAGGUUUGAUUUUAAUAUUUCUAUGGAUGAAGCGCGACAGAAGCAGUUGGAUUUGACCGUGAAGAACAGCACAUCCUUCAUGAGUCGUGAGAAAGAGGUGAUUGGCAAGGUACAGAUAGACCUGUCCUCUGUUGACCUUGCCUCGGGGGUCACACAGUGGUUUGAUUUGAAAGAAGAAAGUUAGUCUACUGCUCCGCACAUCCUUUCCGCAGCUCGUGUCCGUUCCAUGCACGUAAAGCCAAGGCUGACUGCUGAAAUAUCGCUAAUGUUUGCUGAAGUGUUAGUCCAUAACCAUAAUGCAAUGGUCUGUACCAACAGCAACACACCUUCUGCCCAUCGCAGUCACUUCACAGACAUGCUUUUCAGUUGAAUGUAUAUUUGUCUGCAUCUCCCAGUUAAGUUUUUUGCAUCUGUGGAAGGAUUGAUAUUCCCCAGAAUUCUGUGCGAAGGAUAUAUGUCAGGAGGCCAUAAAGAGAGGAAGACAGGAAGUCAAAAUGUCUGCGGCUAAAGUGUGUCAGACUUAAGUGAGACGGGUGAGUCCCAUCUCCCGUGGUGAGAACUACAGAAGGUGGAGAACCUUCAGAAUGGAGAAGAAUGGAAGAUGUAUGUGAUCGAUAGAUGCGAAGAUAGUUGAAGUGAGUAUAAGAAGACACAGAAUGGGAACAAUGAAGGGAAAGUGGUGUUAUGUUCGUGUACCGGUAUGAGGUUGGGUCCAGGCUGUAUGUGUGUGAUGUUUGAUCAUCACUUGCCUUAACUGUUCUUAGUAAAAUCUGUAUUAAUUGAUGGAAUUCGUUUUAUUCAGCAGACGUAUUGCUGGAUGUCGGUAUUUUUAUAUGAUAAGCAUAGAAAUGCAUUGAUUAUGUUUUGCUGCAUACAAACAGGCUGCUCUGAAUGGUGACUUAGAUAUCUUGUAUGUUACAGUUGACUGUCAAAAUUUACUGCUUUGAUCUAAAUGCUGCAUGUUUACGUCACUCGUCCUCAGGGCUUUUGCUGAUAGGACAGGAAUUGUGACUUUGAGCUGCACAAUCAGUCUUCUUUGCCAUAAAAAUCAGACCAAAGUUCAAUCUCAAUCCAAGUUUCAGUAUUUUAAAGUAAAAAUUGUUCAGCAUAUUACUGAUCUGUAGCUGUUGAAUUCCCGAAACUUUAUUUUAUCGCUUCAUUUUUAUGUUAUUUUUCUGUUUCUUUAUACCUUGAGUAUUAAAUGCAUUUUAUAAUGGUUCAAAUUAUACAGUCAGAAAUAUUUUAUACGUUUUGUUGUUUAUUGCCUUUGUGAAGCACUGUGACGUUAGCUUUGUCCAAUAUAUGUAAUUUGUUGUUUUAAAGCCUUCUCAUUUACUGUAAUUCUAUGUGUCUGUGUGGGUUUAUGUAGAAGCACGCUAGACAACAAUCAGGGUUUGAAGUUACCCUGAAUUCAGCUUUAUUGCUAACUCAUUGGAACUCGCAAACAGAUUUUAAACAUGUAUGCGCACAGAAAGGCUGAAUUACUUCAUAAAAUAAACCCUGUUGGCACCGUC